AUGAGUUCCGGAGGCGAGCAGACUCGCGACAUCAAGAACCACCUUCUCUUUGAGAUUGCUACUGAAGUAGCUCAUCGAGUCGGUGGUAUCUACUCUGUCAUCAAGUCCAAGGCUCCUGUAACAACAGCUGAAUAUGGCGAACGCUAUACGCUCAUCGGUCCUCUCAACCACCAAUCGGCCGCUGUCGAAGUGGAAGAGAUGGAGCCCACUAGCCCAGAGAUUGCUGCUACCAUACAGUCCAUGAGAGACAGAGGAGUUCAUAUUGUCUAUGGACGCUGGUUGAUCGAGGGAGCUCCUAGGGUUAUUCUCAUCGACACCAAGACCGCCUAUGGCCGUAUGGAUGAGUGGAAGUCCGAUUUGUGGGAAGCCGCAAGCAUUCCCUCCCCACCCGGCGACGAUGAGACCAAUGAAGCCAUCGUUUUCGGUUAUCUUGUUGCCUGGUUCCUGGGCGAGUUCGUCUGCCACGAGAAAAAGAAGGCUGUUAUUGCUCACUUCCACGAGUGGCUUGCUGGCGUUGCUCUGCCCCUCUGCAAGAGACGCCGCAUCGAUGUCACGACGAUCUUUACCACACACGCUACUCUUCUCGGCCGAUACCUUUGCGCCGGCUCCGUGGACUUUUACAACAACCUACAGUGGUUCGAUGUCGAUGCUGAAGCUGGCAAGCGUGGUAUCUACCACAGAUACUGUAUUGAGCGAGCUGCCGCACAUGCUUGCGAUGUUUUCACCACUGUUUCUCACAUCACAGCUUUCGAGUCAGAGCAUCUUCUGAAGCGAAAGCCCGAUGGUGUUCUGCCCAACGGCCUCAACGUCACAAAGUUCUCUGCUGUGCACGAAUUCCAGAACCUGCACCAGCAGGCAAAGGAGAAGAUUCACGACUUUGUCCGCGGACAUUUCUAUGGCCACUACGACUUUGAUGUCGAUAACACAUUGUAUCUCUUCACUGCUGGUCGUUACGAGUUCAGGAAUAAGGGCGUCGACAUGUUCAUCGAGUCUUUGGCACGAUUGAACCACCGUCUCAAGGCCGCUGGCAGCAAGAUCACAGUUGUGGCCUUCAUCAUCAUGCCUGCUCAGACCACCUCGCUCACCGUCGAGGCGCUCAAGGGCCAGGCAGUUAUCAAGUCCCUGCGCGAUACCACACACGUCAUCGAACAGAGUAUUGGGCGUCGACUCUUUGAACGCUCCCUCAAGUGGCACGAGGGUGACCCUCUCCCCGAUGAGAAGGAACUCAUCUCUGCCCAGGACAGAGUCCUGCUUCGUCGUCGCCUCUUCGCCAUGAAGCGCCACGGACUUCCUCCAAUUGUCACCCAUAAUAUGCUCAACGAUCAUGAGGACCCUGUUCUGAACCAGAUCCGCCGUGUGCAGCUUUUCAACCACCCCACCGAUCGCGUCAAGGUUAUAUUCCACCCUGAGUUCCUCAAUUCCGCCAACCCGGUCCUUCCUCUUGACUACGACGACUUUGUUCGAGGUUGCCAUCUGGGCGUCUUCUCUUCCUACUAUGAGCCUUGGGGUUACACCCCCGCCGAGUGCACCGUCAUGGGUGUGCCCAGCAUCACCACCAACCUUUCCGGUUUCGGAUGCUACAUGGAGGAGCUUAUUGAGAACUCGAGCGACUAUGGUAUCUACAUUGUGGACCGACGAACCAAGGGUGUUGAUGAUUCAGUCAACCAGCUCACUUCAUUCAUGUACGACUUCUGUGGAAAGAGCCGACGUCAGCGCAUCAACCAGCGAAACCGAACCGAGCGUCUUAGUGAUCUUCUCGACUGGAAGCGAAUGGGUAUGGAGUAUGUCAAGGCUCGCCAACUGGCUCUUCGCCGUGCCUACCCUAACUCUUUCGUCGGCGAUGAAGAGGAGGAGGAUUUCAUUCCUGGCGUCGAGCAGAAGAUUUCUCGACCCUUCUCCGUUCCUGGCUCGCCACGGGACCGCACUGGCAUGAUGACGCCUGGAGACUUUGCUAGUCUACAAGAAGGCCGCGAGGGCCUGAACACCGAGGACUAUGUUGCCUGGAAGCUUCCUGAGGAAGAAGACCCUGAAGAGUACCCCUUUCCCCUGACACUUCGAAAGCAGCCUGCGCCACCUAGCCCCUCAGAGACUGUGCCAGUGAACGGAACCCAGUAG